ACUUCAGGCCGAGUUGGCAGUUGGCUAACCAACACAAGGGCGACUUUUUUUUCACGUCACUGAGGCAGUGGAAAAUCGAACGUGAACACGGAGGAGACGACAAGGUUAAUCGUCUGCACUCGUCGCAAUUGUCAGUUCUCUUCAGAAAAUUUCAAGCUCUCGUUAACUGAAAAAUGGCAACCACAGCGCUUGCACAAGAGAAAGUCUGGGUGACAAAGCCCGUGUACGAUAAAGCAGAGUCUGCUCACUUCGAGCGCCUGGCGAAGGUGGUGUCACAUAAUAUUAUGGAACGCUAUCCGUCUAAUCCUAAGAGCUUGGUAUCUACUAAUCAGCAAGAAAUUGUAACGACUAAUCAUCAGACGAAGUCCUCGUCAAAGAAAUCCAAGGAGAAAAAAAAUAAAGCUGAUAAAAACAAUAAAUAUAAUAGAGAUGUUAAGAAUGAGGAUGCUGGACAGAAAGAGCAAAUUGUACUUCAGGAGAGCCGAGUGUCUGCUUGUUCAGUCACCCCUGCCAGUGGGAGUUUGGCCAACGAGGUUGCAAAGGCGCGUCAACACAUAAAAAAAGGUUUACAGUGUGUCAAUAAUAUCGCUGCAGAUGUUAAUAUCAGUCUUCAGGAUUUACCAGCACGUGUGGCUGCACUCGAGAAAGACAACCAUGACCUUCGUAAUACUGUUUCUGAGCUAAAAGCUCUCCUUGAGAAACUCGAUCUCAAAGUGAAUUCAACAGUCCCAGAGCCUUACCUGGCUGUAUGCCCAGCAAAGCCACAGAAGUCUGAAGCCGCAGCACAAGACGACGAUGACGAUGUCGAUCUUUUCGGUUCGGACUCUGAGGGUGAAGAUGCAGAGGCUGCCAGGAUCAGGGAAGAACGUCUUGCUGCGUACAACGCCAAAAAAUCCAAAAAACCAGUACUCAUUGCCAAAUCCAACAUUAUUCUGGAUGUUAAACCGUGGGAUGACGAAACUGAUAUGCAGGCAUUGGAAGCUGAAGUCAGGAAGAUCAAUACAGAUGGCCUACUCUGGGGAGCAGCGAAACUGGUGCCCCUCGCCUAUGGAAUCCACAAGCUCCAAAUCUCAUGCGUCGUGGAAGAUGACAAAGUCUCUGUCGACUGGUUGACCGAGGCGAUUCAAGACCUGGAGGAUUAUGUACAGAGUGUGGACAUAGCUGCAUUCAACAAAGUUUAAACGAUCCAAAUUAAAAACCAUAAACUUAUGUUCAAACCAAUCCAUAUACUCAUGGUUCCAUGUCGCCAUUCCGUUGUAAAAUGAAAUAAAAAAAAUUCAGUGUAAGAAAUA